AUGCCCGCUUUAAUGGGCGUAGUGGGGGGAGGAGGGGCGGGGGGCGUACUUGGAUUAGGCAUCAUUCCCGAACAUAGUCUGCUAGAUUCUUGCACUAGGCUGUCCAUAUCGUUGGAGGAAAGUGUUUUCAAGGUGUCUGUCAGCUCCUCUUCGCAGUCCUCUCGAAGCAAUUCCAGUCCGCACAUGACUCUGGAAGAGUUACGUGCAAUCAACAAGUAUGCGGAAAGCACUAAGAGUCUUUCCUAUCUACCCCAGGUGGCGAGCGUCGCAGCUCGCGGCGUAGGUCCCGGCGCGCGCGCGUGUGCUGCGGCGGCGCCGCGUGCCGCCCGCUCGCGCACUCCGACACUGAAGUCCCGCUCGCUCUCCAGCCUCGUAAAGUGA